CUAUUACAGUAUAUAAGACCACAAAGUAAGAGACGAGGGUUAGAGACAGACACCACAAACAAGCAGAGGAACUAACAGCACCAUUCUUUGGAAAGAAAGAAGAAUAGGAUAUAACCAUGAAAAGCAUCCACUCCCUGGCAGGUAUCCUUCUGGUCCUCGGCUUUGUCCAGGGCAGCUGGCAGGUUUCUCUGCAGGAGGCUGAUGACAGCUCAAGUUUUGAGGCAGACACAUUAGCGGAUGGGCCGAGGGAGCUGGCAAGCAAGAAGAGACAUUCAGAGGGAACCUUCUCAAACGACUACAGCAAAUACCUGGAGGAGAGGAGGGCGCAGGACUUUGUUCAGUGGCUGAUGAACAACAAGAGGAGCGGUGCUGAUGAAAAGCGCCAUGCAGACGGGACCUUCACCAGCGACGUGAGCUCGUACCUCAAGGAACAGGCAAUCAAAGACUUUGUCGCCAGGCUCAAGUCGGGACAAGUCAGAAGAGAAUCUGAAACGGACAGGUGGGGUGAGUCGUUCAGCAGGAGGCAUGUAGAUGGAAGCUUCACCAGUGAUGUGAGCAAAGUGCUGGACUCCAUGGCUGCCAAGGAAUAUUUACUCUGGGUCAUGACCUCCAAGCCUUCAGGGCAGAGUAUGAAAAGACAAGAGGACCAAUGAGGCGCUCAUCAAGGACUCCCUCUGUGUGCUGCACACAAAGCCAUAUUCAGGAGGAAUAGAAAGCCAUACUGCUUUGCAUGUUGUAAUGUCAACACAUCUUUUUUUACUUACCGUAUGUAAUGCAAAGAUACAAAAACUACUACUCUUCCAUAGUUUUUAUGGUGCACCAGAGAAAAGAAAUGGAAUUGAGGGCAUUAUUUUUUUCUACAAAUUUAAAUUAUUUUCUAUAUUUAUUAGGUGAAAACAAGAACACAAAAAGUGAAAUCUCAGGUAGGCCUACAGAAAACACAUGUAGUGUAGUUGGUUUUCAUCGCAUAUUAUUGAUUCGCUCUGCAAAAAUAAAGUUGUUCAUUGAG